AUGGAUGGCGCAUCUGAUAAGAUUGGCCGCCCUGUGGGCUCGCCUGGGACGAACGCGCAGCCUGGGGAGCCAGCAGCACGCGUCGAUACGCCGAGCAACACCGGUGAGAACGAACAUGCACCGUCACUGCAAGAUGAGAAGGGAUUCCACCCGAUCCGCUCCGAAAACCCUCGUGAACCUCAAUCGUCAACGGGCUCGGGUCCAGAAUCCUCUGAAUCUGAAGCUGCACUAUUGUAUAGACGAGAUACCCAGCAUGCGAAGCGGGAAGAGGUCGAUGAUGGGGUCGAGACCGUCACUCCCAGUCGACAGCCAUUGUAUGAACAGACAAGCCGGAGCACUGCUCCAUCAUCUCGCGAUGAAGAAUGGGCCAAUCUACAGCAUAUCCUGUCCAACAUGUUUGGACGUGCGCGGCAGGAAGUCUCAGAGGAGGAGAAGAGCAGACACGUUGGAUUGGUGUGGAAGAACUUGACCGUAAAAGGCGUGGGCUUAGGGGCUACUCUGCAACCAACAAAUUCGGAUAUUCUUCUUGCGCUCCCAAGAUUAUUCGGGAGGUUGUUUACGGGGAAAAUCCGCAACAGGAAACCAGUUAGGACGAUAUUGGAUGACUUUACGGGAUGUGUGAAGCCCGGAGAGAUGCUUCUGGUCCUGGGUCAGCCAGGAUCCGGCUGUUCCACAUUUUUGAAGGUCUUGGGCAAUCAGCGCGCAGGUUACGAGGCCGUUGACGGUGAGGUCACAUAUGGUGGAGCAGAUGCAAAGACAAUGGCUCAAAAGUAUAGAUCCGAGGUCUUGUAUAACCCCGAAGAUGACCUGCAUUAUGCGACACUUACGGCCAAGCAAACGCUGAACUUUGCGAUCAGAACUCGCACACCGGGAAAAGAGUCGCGAAAGCCUGGGGAAUCCCGUCGUCAAUAUAGAGAGACAUUCCUGACCAGCGUGGCAAAGUUAUUUUGGAUUGAACAUUGUCUAGAUACGAGGGUUGGAAACGCCUUGGUCCGUGGCGUCUCCGGAGGUGAGAAGAAGCGAGUAUCAAUAGCUGAGGCGCUCAUCACGAAAGCUAGUACUCAAUGCUGGGACAAUUCAACUCGAGGACUAGAUGCAAGUACUGCUUUGGAAUAUGUCCAAUGUCUCAGGAGUCUCACAACAAUGACCCAUGUCUCGACGUCGGUGGCGAUAUAUCAAGCUUCAGAAUCGUUGUAUAAGCUCUUUGAUAAAGUAAUCCUGCUUACUGAAGGAAAAUGUGCCUAUUUUGGACCGACGAGUGAUGCGAAGGCAUACUUUGAGAACCUAGGCUUUGAGUGUCCACCCAGAUGGACAACUGCCGAUUUUCUAACUUCAGUCACCGAACCACAUGCUCGAAGAGUUAAAAGCGGCUGGGAAAAUCGUAUUCCACGGUCAGCUGAACAGUUUAAACGCGCGUAUGAUGAGAGUGCCGUACGGAAGGUUGCGAUGGAAUCGAUCGCAGAGUUGGAGGAUGAAAUCGAGGCCAAAAAAGGCGAACUAGAAGAUAUCCGACGGAGAACGCCAAAGAAGAAUUUUACCAUUCCUUACUACCAACAGGUCAUUGCGCUCAGCGGACGACAGUUCAUGAUAAUGAUUGGUGAUAGAGAAUCGCUGCUCGGCAAAUGGUGCGUGAUUCUGUUUCUUGCUUUAAUAGUUGGCAGUCUAUUCUAUAACCUCCCCAAAAAUAGUCAAGGGGUUUUCACCCGAGGAGGGGUUAUGUUCUACAUAAUCCUAUUCAAUGCUUUGCUUUCUAUGGCGGAAUUGAGCUCGACAUUCGAAAGUCGGCCAAUAUUGAUGAAGCAUAAGAGCUUCUCAUUCUACCGGCCCUCGGCUUACGCUCUCGCCCAAGUAGUUGUCGAUGUUCCCCUGGUGUUCACUCAAGUUUUCAUCUUCCUGAUAAUUGUGUACUUUAUGGCAGACCUAGCUCGCACAGCAUCUCAAUUUUUCAUCGCUUUGCUGUUUGUGUGGCUGGUCACCAUGGUCAUGUAUUCUUUCUUCCGUGCAAUUGGAGCCUUAGUCACGUCCCUUGAUGCGGCUACACGCGUCACAGGAGUUGCAAUACAAGCAUUAGUUGUCUACACCGGAUAUCUCAUUCCUCCUGGAGAAAUGAGACCCUGGUUGAAAUGGCUAAUUUGGAUCAAUCCUGUUCAGUACACUUUUGAAUCAUUAAUGGCCAACGAAUUCUAUAAUUUGAGAAUCGAAUGUGUUGGCCCUAAUUUGGUUCCCCAAGGACCGAAUGCGUCCCCCGAAUUUCAAAGCUGUACUGUCCAAGGCAGCGAGCCUGGUCAAACAUUCGUGGACGGUUCGGCCUACAUAUUUUCUAAUUAUGGCUACACUCGGGAUCACCUAUGGCGGAAUUUCGGCAUUAUUAUAGCUUUGCUUGUGCUUUUCAUUGUCCUGACUAUGGUUGGCACCGAAAUCCAAGCUAGUUCACACAGUUCAGCUCAUAGCACUGCUGCAGUCACCGUCUUCAUGCGAGGACAGGUACCCCGAUCUGUGAAACAUGAAAUGCAAAAUUCGAAAAAGGGGCUGGACGAGGAAGAAGGAAAACAAAGUGUGCUAUCUAAUGGAUCUGAAUCUGACGCUAUAGAAGACAAGGAGGUUCAAGCUAUCUCAAGAAAUGCCGCAACUCUUACAUGGCAAGGCGUCAACUAUACAAUCCCCUACAAAAGGACUAGAAAAACGCUUUUGCAGGACGUCCAAGGCUAUGUAAAACCUGGUCGUUUGACUGCUUUGAUGGGGGCAUCAGGAGCCGGAAAAACUACACUUCUCAAUGUUCUGGCUCAGCGAGUCGAUUUCGGCGUUGUGACUGGGACCUUUCUUAUAGACGGAAAGCCUCUUCCAAAGAGUUUUCAGCGUGCAACUGGCUUCGCAGAACAGGCAGAUAUCCAUGAGCCGACAAGCACGGUCCGAGAGUCCCUGCAAUUUUCGGCGCUCCUCCGUAGGCCGCCGGAAGUUUCAAUUCAAGAGAAGUACGACUAUUGUGAGCGGAUUCUUGACCUGCUAGAACUGCAGCCUAUUGCCGGUGCUACAAUCGGCCAUGUGGGUGCAGGUCUUAACCAGGAACAACGGAAGCGUGUGACUAUCGCUGUGGAGUUGGCAAGCAAGCCAGAUCUUCUCUUAUUCCUGGAUGAACCGACAUCCGGCUUGGAUUCCAUUGCCGCUUUUAAUAUUGUUCGCUUCUUACGAAAGUUAGCAGACGUAGGCCAGGCUGUCCUAUGUACCAUCCACCAACCGUCCUCAGUCUUGUUUGAAGAAUUCGAUGACCUCUUGUUGCUUCAGUCAGGCGGGAGGGUGGUGUUUCAUGGCGAUUUGGGAGCAGAUUCGAGAAAACUAAUUGAAUAUUUUGAGCGCAACGGUGCCAGACCUUGCCCACCAGAUGCAAACCCAGCAGAGUAUAUGCUUGAUGUUAUCGGUGCUGGUAACCCCGAUUAUAAGGGUCCAGAUUGGGCUGAUAUAUGGGCAAGUUCUCCCGAGCAUGAAACUGUGACAAAUGAGAUUAAACGUAUUGUCCAUUCUUCUGCUCAGGAGGGCAGCCCAGCCGGCACAGCUGGCCAAAGGGAAUUUGCGAUGCCAAAACGGACUCAGAUCCUUGCAACUGCGAAGCGUUCGUUUAUCGCAUAUUGGCGUACUCCCAACUAUACAAUUGGCAAAUUCAUGCUGCACAUAUGGACUGGUCUUUUCAACACGUUCACAUUCUGGCAUAUCCGAGAUUCGACCAUUGAUAUGCAAUCCCGACUUUUCUCAGUGUUCUUGUCCCUCGUCAUCGCACCCCCUUUGAUCCAACAACUCCAGCCACGUUAUCUUCAUUUUCGAGGUUUAUAUGAGUCUCGAGAGGAGAAGUCCAAAAUAUAUACUUGGUUUGCACUGAUCACCAGCAUCAUUUUACCGGAGCUUCCCUACUCAGUGGUGGCUGGGACAUUGUUUUUCUGCUGCUGGUAUUUUGGAACAUGGUUUCCUCGCAACUCCUUUGCAGUUGGCUUUACGUGGAUGCUGCUCAUGGUCUUCGAAGUGUUUUACGUUACUUUUGGGCAGAUGAUUGCGUCCAUUUCGCCGAACGAAUUAUUCGCAUCCCUCCUUGUUCCAGCUUUCUUCACAUUCGUCGUCUCGUUCUGCGGGGUAGUUGUUCCGUUUCAAGGCAUCCCUUAUUUCUGGCGCUCGUGGAUGUACUGGCUCACUCCUUUCCGCUACUUACUGGAAGGAUAUCUGGGUGUCGUCACCAAUAAGAUCCCAGUGCGAUGCAGCGAAAACGAAUUUGCACGGUUCAGGCCCCCACCAGGGUUAACAUGCGAAGAUUAUGCGGGUCCUUUUGUUGAGCAACGGGGUGGAUAUGUGAUUACAGAUGGAAGCGGGAUGUGCGCACUUUGUCAGUAUGCGAAUGGAAAUGAGUUUGCAGCGAGUUUCAACGUGUUUUAUAAGUACAAGUGGAGGGAUUAUGCGAUAUUCUGGUCUUAUGUUGUUUUCAACAUUCUUGCCGUCUAUAUCCUCUCCUGGUUAUAUCUACAUGGAUUUCCAGCGCUGAGGAGGAAGUUGAAUUCGCGAAUGAUGAGAGAGACAAGGUGA